GAGCAAUCUUCUUUCCUCUCUCUCUCUCUCUUGUGAAAUCCACGGCUCCUUCUCUGUAUAACAGUGUAGCUGUCUGCGGUGCCUCGCUCUGUUUGGUGGUUCAGAGUAGAAGGUUAGAAUGCACAUGAUAACGAGGAGCUGCGUCCUACUGCUGUGGUCGCAGUUAUUGACUUCUGUAACAUGCCAAGACUGUACACUUGAACAGUUUCUUAACAGCCGUCACUUUGAUUCAAAUUUUGACGUAAGUGGUUUGGAUGCCACUUACAGCGGAGGAAAACAAGUGAGAGUCCCCUGCAGUGUUGGCUACACUGGCUAUUUCAAGCUGAUCUGUACUGAGGGGACCUGGAUGCCUUCUGGCAGAAAAUGUGAACCGAAAUCAUGCGGACAUCCCGGAGAUGCACAAUUUGGAGAUUUCCGACUUGUGGUCGGAGAUGAUUAUGUGUUUGGAUCUCAGAUUGUUUACGAGUGCAACCCAGGUUAUCACAUGGUCAGUCGGUCAAGCCGCAGGCGCUGCUUGGCAAAUGGCUGGGAUGGGACCAUCGCCGUGUGUGAAGGUAUGAGUUGAAUAUGAAGUUAAUUUUUUGUCAAUAUA